AAUGAAAUUGGUUGGCCGUAUUAUUUUUCUUCCGCCCUUUUUCUCGUUUUCUUCCUCUCCAUACCAACCAUGGGCCAUCGAGUUUACAUUGGUCGUUUAGCUCGUGAUGCACGACGAAGAGAUCUUGAAACUCUCUUCAAGAACUACGGAAAGCUUCAAGAAGUGACCGUCAAGAACGGUUUUGGUUUUGUUGAAUUCACUGAUAAAGUCGACGCUGAAGACGCCGUCCAUGACUUUCACGGCAGAUCGUUCCUUGGGCAAAGAAUUGUAGUAGAGUUGGCUAUGCAACGCAAGAACCGUGACCGCAGCGAACGUGAACAAAACCGAAUUGUCGUCCAAGGUAUUCCGCCAAAGACCACAUGGCAGGAUCUCAAGGAUUUCAUGAAGAAGGCCGGUCGUGUGACUUUUGCUGAUAUCCUCAAAGAUCGUGAUGGUGAAGGUGUUGUUGAAUUUGCCAAUCGCUCGGAUAUGAAGUAUGCAUUGCGUGAAUUGGAUAAUACCAGACUUAAUGGUCAACGAGUCACUCUUCAAGAAGCGGGACGUAGAAGAUCUUCUCGCGAUCGUAGAAGAUCACCACGUCGUCGAGCCUCGAGAAGAUCCCCCAGUACGGAUCGAUCUCGUUCUCGAUCCCGUUCUCGAUCCCCUGUUCGUUCCCGUUCUCGCUCGCGUUCUCGGUCUCGCUCGCGUUCUGUUUCCAAGACUCGGUCUUCUCGUGGCCGAAGGAACAGCGAUGAUCGUGACAAGGAAGACCGACGCUCCAUGAGUCCGGCUUCACGACACAGCCAGGAUGAAGAUGAAGUCAUGGACACCAAACGUGAAAGAAGUGCAAGCGUUCAGAGUCGUCAUGAGUCGGUGGAUUCCAGAGAGUGAACCCAAAAAAGAAAAAAAGAAGUGUAACAAUAAUUUGAUCAAAUAAAGAAACGUGAUAAGGAUCCGUGUAUGGCAAAAGAGAAGACCAAACCAAUUUUGGGUGGUACGUUGGAAAAUG